AUGUCUCGACCUACUAUUACCGCCAAAGAACUCCUAGCCAGAAAAGAGCCCUAUGUUGCCGUUGAUGCGACAUGGUUCUUGCCAGAUGCCGGUCGCAAUGGUAAAGAUGAGUUCGCCCAGGAGCGGCUCCCUGGAGCCGUGUACUACAACAUGGCAACCAUCAAGGCCGAUUCGCCAUAUCCCCAUAUGAUGGUGAAUAAAGCACAGUUCGAGAAAGCGGUCGGGAAUUUGGGAAUCAAGCCCGAUGACUUUGUUGUGAUCUACGACAAGCAGGCAUUCUUCUCUUCUCCAAGAGUCCAGUUCGUGUUUGACACCUUCAACCACCCCCACGCAGUUGUCCUUGACAAUUACAACGAGUACAUGCAACUUGGUGGGCCAAUUGAGACCGGAGAACCCAAAGCGCGUGCGCCCACCAAGUACUCGCAGCCCGGGGAGCCCAAAUCGUGGGUGACUUUCGAGCAACUCAAGAGUGACGUUGAAUCUAAAAAGGCUCAGCACAUCUUGGAUGCUCGCCCCGGCCCUGCGUUUGCGGCUGGGCAUGUCCCCGGAGCCAAGAGCCUGCCUUUCUCUCAGCUCCUCGUGCCUGGUGGCGAGUCUGCGUUCAAACCAGAUGCCGACAUUGUGGCCAAGCUGAACGAGCUCGACGUCUUGGACGGUAAGCCCGUGGUUGUCAUGUGUGGAUCUGGAGUGACUGCAUGCGUCUUGAAGCUUGCCAUUGACAAAUUUUUGGAGACCAAAUCGCAGGUGUACGACGGCUCGUGGGGCGAAUGGUCCGCCAGAGCCUCUCCCGAAUUAAUUGAGAAAUAG